AAGCGCGCUUGGGAUCUUUGUAGCUUCGGCCUGCUGUUUCUGCACGGACCACGAUAACGCUGGCACGUUAGGGGGACAGAGACAUUGAAGGCUAGAGCGGUACCAUUCCGCUCCUAUGGAGACUCAUGGCCAGUCGCCUGAAGCGCGCCCUAUAUAGCCUUUUUUUUUUUUUGCCUUCGUAAAUGUGUGUUAGUAAAACAAAUCUGUGUUGCAGCUUCUUGGAGGGGAGAGAAACACUGAUCAUGUCAGAAAGCCACAAGCAGUCUUCACUGGCCUUUGGGCAAGCAGUGAUUGGUCCUCCUGGCUCAGGGAAAACAACAUACUGUCUUGGCAUGCAGGAAUUUCUUUCUGCAAUUGGGCGCAAGGUCGCCGUGGUGAAUCUGGAUCCAGCCAAUGAAGGGAUUCCCUACCAGUGUGCUGUGGACAUAUCUGAGCUGAUUACCUUGACUGAUGUAAUGGAGAACUUGAAACUGGGACCCAACGGUGGCUUAAUCUAUUGCAUGGAAUAUUUAGAAGCUAAUUUUGACUGGCUGCAAGAAAAACUGUCCCAAUUUAGGGGUCAUUACUUCUUGUUUGACUGUCCAGGACAGGUGGAACUUUUCACCCACCAUAGUUCACUGAAAAACAUCUUUGCCCAGCUUGCCAAGUGGAACUUCAGGCUGGCUGCUGUUCACUUGGUGGAUUCUCAUUACUGCACGGACCCUGGCAAGUUCAUCUCCAUUCUCUGCACUUCCCUCUCCACCAUGCUGCACGUGGCACUGCCCCACAUUAAUGUCCUCUCCAAAAUGGACCUGAUUGAACAGUACGGGAAACUGGCCUUUAAUCUAGAUUAUUACACGGAGGUUCUGGAUCUUUCCUAUCUGUUGGAACACCUGUCUUCAGAUCCCUUCUUCAAGAACUACCAUCGGCUGAACAAAAAGCUCGUGGAAGUGGUUGAAGAUUACAGUUUGGUCUUCUUUAUUCCCCUCAACGUGCAGGACAAGGACAGCAUGCAACGUAUGAUGCAGGCGGUGGACAAAGCCAACGGCUACUGUUAUGGUGACUUAGAGCAAAGAAGUCUCCAAGCCCUAAUGUCAGCGGCGAUGGGAGCCGAUUUCCACUUCACGUCAACCUUGGCAGUCCAGGAAAAAUACAUCCCACCGCAGGAGAGCACUGUGAAGCAGGAAGACACGGACAUGUAGCAACGUGCUUGCAGCUGGCAGCAGGCCACUGAGGAAGGAUAACUCAGCCCAGCGAUGAUGUGCUUCUUUGCAACGUGGGAGCAAUUUCAGCCUGGUCCUCAAUGUGCAAAAAGUCAACCAAACUGGCUGUCACCAAGUUUGGAUACAGCGCAUCCCCUUUUUGGGCUCCGUCCAGAUGACAGUCACAACCUCUAGGUGUUUCUGGUGCAGUCAAGAGCCUUUGCGAGCAAGAGCAGGCAAGCCCAAAUUUUCCUCUCAGGAGAAUGCUAGAACUUGGUGCAUGUUUGUAGCUGACCAACGAACAAGAGAGAGUAUGGCGAAGUUUUUGUGAGGCCCAGAGGGAAGUUGGAGGGGGCUGCAGGCCCAAUCAAAUCUCCCAUGAAAGGGAAAGCAGCCUUGGUUGCUUAGAAGGACAUUUCUGUCAGAGGCGACCCAAGUGACGUCUCUGCUGUUAAGCAACAUGGAGACCUCAAAGAGGUUGGCCGCUUUUCUUUUCCUCUCACUUCUCUCUUGCUGCCAGAAAUGCUCCAUCUCCUUUAGGCCUUGCAAAAGUGAAGCAAAGAAAAGCACUUGAUAGCACAACGGAAAGCAGAUUCCAUCUCCCCACCACCACCACCACAUCUGUGCCAUUUUUUAAAUACAAAAAAGCUGUGUUGGCUGCUAAAUAAAGCAGUUUUCAUGCUGUAUGCUCCUAA